AUGCAAUGGUUGUUAGGCCUAUCAGCUUUAAUAUCUUAUGUACAUUGCCAACUAAACUGUGAUAUAUUAGAUCCGGAAUGUAGAGCAUUAUAUAGAUCUGGAGGAAAACGUUCUGCACUUCGACACAAAUUGAAAAAUAGUUGUAAUUAUCAAGAUGUUUGGUUGAUACCAGGACGAGCUGAUGCAUCCUGCACUCGUCCGGGAGCCAAACGGGUACUCGAGAUCAACCCUGGUCAGAUUCGUAUCAAACCAGACGUCGUUCGACUUCCCGGCUGCUUCACACUUGAAAUCAAAAACUUACGGGUUAAAGACGAUUCCGAUGCGAUCGGCAAUUCAUUCUUCGCCAAGGCCGAGUAUCAAUGGUGGAAUGUGAAGGACUUUUCAAAUUUGAAAUGUCAAAAUGCAUCGAAUAAUGGAUGCGGUGGUUACGGAAAUAAUUGUUACUACUGCGAUGUCUGCCACUCAUUAACCGAGAUCGAUCAAGGUGAUACGGACAUGGAUUCAAUAGCAAACCAACUGCGAGGAAUCAAAUGUCCGAAACGACCAGGUUACUAUACAUUCAGAAAGGAAUUUUGCUUCAAUGAUUGGGCCGCAUUCGAUUCUGAUGGCGAUUGUGAGAUGGAUUUCUUGCAAGGAGACAAAGGUGACUAUAGAGGUGCCUUGGCAACGUUGCAGCAAGUUGGCUAUGGCUCAGUAAUCGCUAAAAUUCGAUUAGCAUUCAAUGCUACUGGUGCCGUGGAACGAAAGCGAUUGUUGAAGGAGGCGCAGAUAGAACAAACCGUAGCGAAAGAACUUGAAGAACGACGCCGUACAUGGGACGUAAACAACGGUCAAUUUGACAAGUUCAGCCAGUGGUAUAUCGAAUACAGAAAGAAUAUCUGGCAUAAAGACGACUACCUACCGUGGCUGCUAUAUGAGAACGAAAUCUCAUGUCUGAAGAUAACGUUCGACGUUUGCGAAAAGCCGCCACGGCGAAUCAACUACGGCGGACGAGUUAGAUACACAUGUGAAAACUAG